AUGGAUUUAGUUGUGUGUUGACUGCCAGUGCGCACGCGUCUUUGUUGAUUAAGUACUAUUAACGAUAAUAAUACAUUAAAAACAUUAAAGCUAUGCCCUUCUAAUCAGUGCGUCGUGGAUGUUUGAAAAGAUAAAGGUUUAUAAUUGUGUGUUUCAAUUAAGAUAAAAUGUGCGAUUGUGACAAUAUUUUACCUCAGGGAACAGUGAAAGAGAAGCAUUAUUUCAAUUGUCAAACUCUAUGGAAAGGCGAACCACUGAGAAAUCCCGAUGGCACCACCCGGCUACCAAACAAACAUAUUGAUAGAGAGUCACACGACAUUUUAUACCACCUAAAUUUAAGCACGAAUGAUGACUUGGAGGCUAUGUUUGGUGACGUCAAGUUCGUUUGCACCGGAGGCACCGAACACCGUCUUCGGGCGUUUGCUCUCUACAUGGCUCAGCUGCUAGACCUCCCCUACAAUGAGGAUAAUCUAGUGAACAUCACUAAGUUGUCCAAGAGAUACGCCAUGUUCAAAGUCGGACCUGUUUUGGCGUUUAAUCACGGAAUCGGUAUACCUUCCAUGACGACUGCUCUCCAAGAAGUGAUCAAACUGCUAUUCCACGCCAAGGUCAAAAACCCCAUCAUUAUCAGGCUUGGGAGCUGUGGGGGGGUGGGGGUGGAACCUGGGGACGUGAUCAUAUCCUCAUGGGGCCUCAACGGGUUAUUGGAAAAGAAUUAUGUAUCGUACGUGCUUGGCGAGGAACGCCGUUACCCGACCUACCUGGACACGAGGCUGGCACAGGAGCUGCAAGCCCUGACAUCACCUGAUGACGGCUUCCAAAUCCUUAUUGGAGGGACUUUGGCCGCUGAUGACUACUACAGGGGACAAGGCCGCCUCGACGGGCCCUUCUGCGAUUACACAGAAGCGGACAAAAUGGAGUUUCUCCACAAGUUGUACGCUGCAGGCGUGAGGAACAUCGAGAUGGAAGCUACUGCCUUCGCCGCGUUCACUCAUCAGGCCGGCAUCAGGUCUGCAAUCGUGUGUGUAGCUCUUCUCAACAGGUUCAAUGGAGAUCAGAUAAAAACUUCAAAGAAAGGAAUAGAAGAAUUUGAAGCCAACAUCAUGAAAGUGGUGGGUCGAUUUAUUCAAAAUUAUGAGAAGAAUAAAAGAAAAUAGCAGUGUGGCCUUUAAAAAACAUAUGUUUGAAGGGAAAAGAAAAACCCAACUAACUUAAAUUACUUAAAACUUAAACUACUCGUACUAAGUGUUUAAAUAAGUAGUGUAUGUAUGGCUUAUACCUACUUAUGAAA